AUGCCACUGGACGACACGAUCGAUUUGACGGCAAGCUUGAGUAGCAGCAGGGAUGGGAGCAGUGACGAAGAUGAUGAUGGAAUCGAAGCUUUAUACUGGAUAGACCUGCUUCCUACACCUGUCGUCGAUCUGGAUGCCGCUUCUCCUACCAUCUACAAUCACGAUCAACAACAACGAGACGGUAACGGAAGGACGAAGGAAGAUGUCGAGGAUGACGAGGUCGUCUUGAUGUUCUGGGAAGAUUCUCUACCGAGCCAACAAGGUCAUCAGAUGGAGAGAACUGCGAGUCCGGGAUCGGUGGAGGAAGAAGCCUUCCAGCCAAAUCCCUUUUGCUGGGAAGAGGAAUUAUCUGGUCCGGAAUCUCAAUCGCUAGACGAUGCGAUGGAAGAACCGUCUGAGGAUGAAGUACCCUCUGUUCGCUACUUUCAAUGGGACGAUGAGGAAAGCGAGAGCUCGGCCUGUAGCACGGAUUAUGGAGAGGACGACGACUCGACGCUCAAGGAAAAUUACACCCCUCCCCAUACGCCGACUCGAUAUUCUCUCCGUCCAGCUAGCAACAACAAAUACGUCGAUCCUACCUAUGCUCCAUCCUCAACCUCGAACUCUCCUGCUUUCUUGGCCAGAUGUCCCAUAGCGCCUAAAGGGAACAAGGCGGAACGGAAGAUGAGCCAGCGGGCGAAGAAAAGGCGAGCAGCAAGCAAGCGAGCGAAAAGAAGCGAAGCACUGGCGAGAGGAUUAUCUGAGAUCAGAGCCGCUCAUCCGUUAUUCAUGAAUGACAUAGCCGGAUCGGAGAAGGUGGCAGAGCGAGGAGAGCGGGUGUCGAACGCGGGACCGAGAUACCCACCUUCCCUGAAAAGCGCGGCAACCCUUCGGUUGCUCAAGAAAAUGGUGCCCAGAGCCAUCAGACGCAGACGGGGUAGACUAGUACUCAAGAAGCUGUGUCCCAUCUGUUCCGUCUUGGAUCUGCCGAAUCCUCCUCCCGGAUCGCAAGAGGGAGAACAUCCUAUGCGACGACGAAGCUCCUGCGCCAACCAUGCGCGUGCAUUUGCCGCUCGUGUGAAACGUUACAGGGACAUGUCCCCAACGUCCAUCAACCGGGAAUACGACUCUUUAGGACCAGUCCAAGAGAAGCAAACCAAGACCUGA